CGGAUGUCAGUCGUGUCAUUUUGGGUUACGUUACACAUGAUACAAUUGACUCUAACAUUAAUAUGUUAUUAUUGUUAUAGUGUCACUUCGCAAGUCAACUUCUUUUGAUAGUGUAACGUCCUGCAAAUAUGAACGCACCAUGAACACCACCAACGUCACUUCCGGUUUAAGGCAGCAUGGCGGCGGCUGGUUAAGCGACGGCUCCGUUUUAGUUUGUUUGUACGGUGAAAUUACUUUCAGACACGUUGGCUGGACAUUUGCAUGGAAUAGACGAUGUGCGGUUCGAUGGCUUCUUGUUCAUGGCGCCUCUCACGUGACAUGCUGGCGCCAGUCUGAUUGGAGUGAUGGAGAAGUUUGGGAUGAGUUUCGGGGGCGGUCCCAGCAGGAAAGAGCUUCUGGAAGCUGUCGAGUGCCAGAAGAAGCAGCUGGUUCAGUACCAAACUCGCUUCAAGGAUGUUGUCUGUGCUUACAAGAGCCUGCUGAAGGAAAAAGAGGCCCUCGAGGCCUGUCUGAAAGUCUUGAGUGUGUCCCAGGUCGUUGACCAGAACCGGGAGCGCUGUGAUGAGGCCGUGGUCCUCCAGGAGGAUGGUGAGGACGGUGUGGAAGUAUCUGUGGAGUCUGCAGAACCUAGUGAAGAAGUGACAGAGGAAGAUGCAGGAGAACCAGGAGGUCUUACCAGGCUGGAAGAAAAGGCGGUUGAGAGCGACAAAAUGGGGGCGGAGCAGCACCAGGCCACACCUACUCACAAUGUGGAGGCGGAACGCCGAAUCAUGCAGCUCAAGACCCAACUGAGCACGCUCACCAGUGCCUUGGCCACAGUGACGCGGGAGAAGUCUCGCAUGGAGGCCAGCUUCCAGGCUGACAAGCGCCAGCUGAAGCAGGAGGUGGAGGAACUGCAGGACCGCCUUCUUGCUGUGACUGCACAGCAGGAGGCGGAGCUCCGUGCCCUCCAGCAGCAGUUGGCAGAGAGCCGCGCUCGCGUCAUCACGCAGCAGCACGAGCGGGAGCAAGAACAAAGCGACCAGCUUCAGCAGCUGCAGGAGUUGCAGAAGAUCCUGCAACAGGAGCGAGACCUGCGACAGGACGCCGAGCUCCGCCUCCACGAGGCCAACACCGCCGCCCUGGCAGCCUCACACGCCACGGACCGCAGGUCUGAGUUUGAGGUUCACCUGAACCAGGUGAGAGAGGAGCGAGAUGAUCUGAGGAGAAAGUUGCAGGCAGCCAAGGAGGAACAGGAGAAAGAAGAUCCCAGACUGGAGCAGCUCCAGCAGGAACUCGGGAAGCUGAAACAGCAUCUCCAAGACCAGAUACACAACGAGACCAACAAGGCUAAUCAAGAGGAGGAGCGUGCUCGUGAGUGUGCUCAUGACGCAGAGCUGCGGGUGGCGGGUCUGGAGCAGCGCGUGUCCGAGCUGUCGGAUCUUCUGGGUUCCUGUGAGAAGGCGAGGCAGCGAGACCGGCAGGCGGCUCAGACGCUUCGGGAGCGGAUUGCGCAGCUGGACACGGAGAACAAAACGCUCGCCCUCGCCGCCUCCAGCAGGUCAGCUUACGACCUCAGCCUGGACGACUCCCAGCUGGAUGUGACGGCACUGAAGGAGAAGCUGGAGAAGGUGAAGAAGUUGCUGCUAGCGGCGCAGAGGAACUCGCACCAGAUGCUGAACGGCAAGGCCGAAAGUGAGGCAGAACCUGGCGAAGACGCCGCUACGUACCAGCUGACGCUCCGGCAUCUGAAGGACGAGCUGGAGCGGUACAAGCUCAGAGCACUCGCCACGUCCAAGAGCAAAAACGCCAAAGAUGGCUGCCAUGCCCGAGAGCUGGAGGAAGUGCGUGAGCGGCUGGUGGAGCUGCGGGAAAAGUACAUCAACCUUCGCGUUGACGGCGAUAAGGCCGCCGCCACACACCGCCACCAGCUAGAACAGCACCAGCAGCACAUGGCGGCGCUGCUGCACAGCCACAGACAGGAGGUGGAGCGUAACGAGACCGUGCACCACAAAGAGCUGCUGAGUCUGGAGGCGAAGCUACACAAACAGAGGGAGAGAACAAUGGCACUGCUGGAUGAAAAAGACCAGGAGCUGGAGCGCCUGAAAGCCGCGGCGCUGACCCGCGACCCCCUUGUACAAAGCACGGGCUCUGCCGGCAAGACGGAAGAGAACAGCCGCGUCGAGGAGGGCGAGACUGACUCUAUCAGCCAAGCGCUGUGGCGAGCCACGCCCACUGAGCCCACGCUGCUUCUGUACGCCGAGCAGCUGGCUAGAAAGGAAGUGGAGGCUGGCACGCUGAGGCGGCACAAGCGCCAGCUGGAGGAGGACAUCCACCAGCUGCACGGCAAACUUCUGGCCAACGCCGAACGCCACGACAAUGAGACUCACGAGCUCCGAGCGCAGAUGGACAAACUGAUCCGAGACCACAAGCGAGAGGGCUCCAACAUGGAGUACCUGAAGAACGUCAUCUUUAAGUUCCUGACGCUGCAGGACGCCAGCGGGAGGCAGCAGACGCUCAACGCCAUCCUCAGCAUCCUCCACUUCAGCCCCCAGGAGAAACACGCCGUCCUCAGGCAGCAGGGGGGGUCAUGGUGGAGCGCCAACAAGAGAUGACGUCAGCAUCACCGACUUGCAUACCAAACGUACUUUUUCAAUAAGGCGCUCUGUAGGUAGACGUCAACGUUCCAAUAAAUGUUUAUCAUUCAAUCUUUUAUUACUGGGAAUCUUUUCUACCUCAUUAUUCACUGCAGGCAGCAAGUGAUAGAAAACACUUGCUACGUUUAUUGGAUCUACAUGGCUUACAUCCUGUCCAGCCCGUGUGUCACAUGAUUAACCUACAUGGUGUGCGUCUUGUUGUGCGUUGAGGACAUGUUGCAGGUCUUUGGACAGCGACUGCAUGAUGGACGUGAUCAACGAAUCAAGUGUGUUCAAAAUGUCGUCUCUCACCUGCAGCUGCUGACUUCGCGCUUUCAUCUGAAAGUCACAGACAGUAUCAGAGCUUUUACUUUGAAAGAAUGGCUUGAAGCGGAACUGACCAGUUUCUCUCGGAGCUUCAGAACCAAGUCAACGAUCUCCACCUCUGACUUGUCUCGGGUCCACGCCAGCAGGUCCUGAGCAAGAAGCCGCAGGUGUUGCUUGGACUGGAAUGUGAUGGAGGUGUGGUUGCCGUGACGACUUACAGCCGCGCAGAUGACCUCCAGGUGGAGACACUCCAGUUUGCGCGUCAUCUCUCCGUGGCGCUGGCGGUACCAGCCAUCAAAGUUUGGAGACUUGAAGAACUUCCUGUUGACAGGGUAGAUGCAGCAUAAACGCACCCGCUUGGCGUGCCCACGUCUCACCUGGCGCACCUGUACAGUCCCGUCCAAUCGCCUCGCAGCGCCGAGGUCAGCUGAGGGCCGCCGUGCUCCAGCAUGGACAUGAACUCAUCCUGAUUGAAGGGUCGAACCUGCGGGGGCGUCUGAAGACAAAACGCAGGUCGGUGUGGUGUGGGAGGGCGUGACACUGAUGUCAGAGGCGUGGCUUACCUUCCAGGGUGUCACAGACCUCUGCAGCGGCAUCAGGCUGGCCAUGUAGCGCUCCUGACAGACAGGAAGCAGGGCGACACGCUUACUACCAUGCCGGGCGCCUUCCUGUGAUGCCUUCUUACCAGUGGGAUGAUGAAGCUCUGGGUCAGCUCCAGAAAGUGUCUCCUCAAGAUGGCGCUCUGCACCUCAGAUGGCCUCCUCCUCUGGAUGCCCUGUGGAGACAUACGUCUCUCACCUUCAUGCUUCCUGUUGGCACUUUGCCCUCCGGCUGCGGCAAUGUUACCUUCAGCAUGCGUUUGAUGAGGACCUUGUCCUUCAGCAGGAAGCUCUUGUAAGCCGUGAAGACUCCUGCACACAAAUUCAUGAAGCCUUGAUUGUUGUUGUUGUUGUUAUUAUUAUUAUUAUUAUUACUACUAUUAUAUGCAACAGUGGCUCGCUCCUGUGGAGCGUGACGCAGCCAAUUAAGCCUGUGAUUGGUGGGCUUGUACAAGAUUACAGCUCAACAUUUGCUAUAGAAAUGAGUGCUGUAACACAUUGACCGGUCCCAGCUGCAGCAACACUUCCCUUCGCUCUUUAAUUACCAUCGUUUGCUGGCAACGAAGGGAGCUAACAGGAUCCACGUUAGCAGCGUACAGGCUGUGAGUGGUCCACUAUGUCACACUACUUCCUGUGUUGAAUCAUGUCCCCCUAUUUCUUUAACUCACUCAAUACCAAAGACGCAGCUUCGUGUUUUAUUGCGUGAGAGGCAAGAAAACGUCAUAAAUGUCCACAAGGUGGCAGAAGUGCUUUCGAUAGGAGUGCGGCAGGGAUCCUUUGCAUGCAUUGACACGCUAGACAGCAAGGAGGAAGUAGAAGAGCGUGGAGGAGUGUAGCGUGCAGAAGGUUACGCGUUGUAGGGACAUUUUAACGCAUGCACGCACACAGUUUUAGUUAAUGUGAAACUGUAUUGUAUUGUAUUGUAUUGUACUUUAUUUAUCCCACAGCAGGGAAAUUCACUUGUUACAGCAGCAAGCAAGAUACGCAAGUAAAGAAUACAUAGUGACGACAACAUGGUUCAGGUGGUGCAGGUGUUGUAGAGCCUGACAGCGGUCGGUAUGAAGGACCUGCGGAACCUCUCCUUCUUACACCGUGGGUGUAACAGUCUGCUGCUGAAGGAGCUGCUAAGGGAACCCACAGUGUCAUGUAGCGGGUGAGAGGUGUUGUCCAUGAUGGAUGUCAGCUUAGCCAACAUCUUUCUCUCCUCCAUGGAGUCCAGAGGACUGUCCAGGACAGAGCUCGCUCUCCUGAGCAGCCUAUUGAUUCUGCUCCUGUCCCUGUCCGUGCUGCCCCCUCUCCAGCAGCAUAGAAAAUGGCUGAGGCCACCACAGAGUCAUAAAAGGUCCGUAAAAGAGUCCUGCACACACCAAAGAACCUCAGUCUCCUCAGCAGGUGGAGGCGACUCUGGCCCUUUAUUGUAAAUAGUUAUUUUGAUGUUUUUUGUGUUUGUUGGUAUAGUUGUUUAGAUAUUUGAGCAAAGCAAAAAAUAUUUGUGAAAGUGACAGUUACGUAUCUUGUCACAAAAAGCUGUUUUUCUCCCUUUUUUAAUUUGGAACUUAUAUUUUCCUCAAACUUGUCUAUGCUCUAAUGCUGAUUACUAAAGAACGCAAAAAGGUAGAAACAAACUUUUUUUUCGGAUGAAAGGCAGGAGUCUAAUGUGACUUUUGGUAGGUGCCGUGGUUAUAUAGCCAUAGAACUCAAUAUUCUGUGUGCCUCGAAAGAUCAUCAAAACAGCUGCUCCUGAAGGGGUUGUCUUUUGGAAAAUGCCUGGGAGUGAAAGAGUUCAUGUCCAUGGUUCACUCGGGAUGAAGGAAGCUAACAAGCUAAACAGUUGACUCACAAGUAAAAAACUGCACGCCCCCCAACAAUAAAAGGAUGAAGACGGCCUUGGAGGGCUUCACUCCGUGUGCACGCUCACCUGGUUUGGUGUCCAGCGUCUUCAGUUUGGACACCUUCUUCACCUUCAACUGCUUGGGGACGUGGCCUGACAGGGAGGAAGCCAUAACAGUUCCGACUGGAUGGGUUUGCUCAGUGAAGAAGACACGGACACUAAGAAUCACCUGUCAUCUUUGUGUCUCCCAGUCGCAGGACGUGCGGCCAGCUGUGGAAGGUCUUGAUGAAGAAGGGGUUGGUCACACCCAGGAUCACGUUGGGCCUGACGGACACAACAGCUGGCGUGAAGGGAGCUCAAGGCGAGGAGGAGGCGCAGGAGGAGGAACGCAUGGAACUCACGGCGCUUGCGUCCUGGUGGUGAAUUCCCGGAACUCGCAGUCGUGGAUGGUGAAAUACGGACGGAAAUCGCAGAAGAACUUGAGAGGACUGAUGGAGCUGAGGACACGGACACAGCUGACAAGAAUCUGAUUGGCUGGUGUCAAGGGGGGUUAGGUACCUGAUGAGCGCUAAGACGGUUUCUGAGGAGACGGUGGGGGAUGGCGCCAUGACGACCACGGGCUCGCCGAGUAAGGUGAGCUCCCAGAGCAUCUGCAGAUGGAUCAGGACCGACUGGAAGCACCUGGACAGAUUAAAGGUCACCGAGUGGACACGCGUGGACAGGGCAAAGCCAAAACCAGACACAGCAACUGACCUGAAGAGGUCCAGCUCGUGUACAGAAGGCAGCAGAGUCGGUGUGGGGAGGACAUUCUGAGGAUUAAAGUUAGCGUUAACGCCAUUAUGGACCGCAAUCUGCAGACCGCAGUCCGCCAUCUUGCUUUUUCAAUGUGGCAGGAAAGCCAAGUUUAGCAUCUUAGGAGGUGCACGCCUGCUAACCACGUUACUCCGCCUCCUGAUCACUGCAGCAACUACCUGGAGGAAAUCUAAAAGUGUUGAAGAGUGUUGGCUCACCUCCUUCACCGCGGCUCUCACUGGACUUCCCGCUUUGUCCUUCUGGCACGGAAUUCUCACCUGAAGAACGGAACCACGUCAUUGGUAGAAAACUCAGCCAAAACACAACAACACACACUCACCUGCAGGACCACGCCCACAAGGGGCAGGUGAAAGGUCAGUCCAGCAGAGAGGAAAGGCCAUUGGUCGAUCUCGUUGCACACUGCAUGGAAGACAUCAACUACAGUCAAGGAUUGUCUCAACACACACAUGGCCGACAUCACGACCACGUGACCUGUUUCCAGACACGGCUCCGACUUGUCGAAGAACUCGGGGGCAAUGAUGUGAAGCAUGGAGUAAAAAAGCUGAACGAACGGCAGCCUGGACACCAACACCAGCGACUGCAACAAUGGAAACAUCAUAUUCUACCAUACUUUGCACCGCUUUCAUGCACAACAACAUCACCUUUUGGAAGUAUCCUCGCUUCACAGACACGUCCUUGAUUUGUCUAAAAUACACGUAGCCAUAAAAAUGGGAGGUUUCGCUCUAAGGAGACAGGAAGAGACACACACAGACUUCCUGUCAAACUGCUCUUUGCUUGACGGCGUGCUGCGAUUGGCUACCUGAAGCACAGCAGGGGCGUCUCUGUUGUAAACGACCUCUCUGGGGCGAGAAUGUCUGCGACCAACCGACUGGCGCAUCCUGAAGCUGAACUGGGUGUCCCCGAUGCAUCCUGGAAAGACUCGGACAUAAAUGACGUGACUUAAGGACCUAGGGGACCUUGAAACAUUUACCUGAGUAGGAGUCUGGAAAGGAAAGGUAGCAAAGGCUGUUUUUCUGGGAAGAAAAUGGCAGGAAAAGCUGUGAUAACAUGUCAAUAAUGUCAUAAGAACCACGACUAUUAACUUACCUCCUUCUCAGUCAGCUUCACAUGAUGAGGGUAAACCAGCUGACAAGAAUAAAAACAUUCACUUGACACAAAGUCAAUCCGCAUUUAUUAAAACAACAUGCUGUGAUGACAAUGCUUAACGGGGCUAAGCUAACAACAGCGACGACAAUGCUGACAGGGCUAAGCUAACCAUAGACAUACAAUAUAUAUGUAUAGUCCCUUCGAGCGCUGAGCAGUAAAGUCAACGUCGCCGCCAUAUUGGAUGUGUCAAGGCUGCGCUGUAAGUGAAUACAAGUACAGUCAAACUUGUCUAUAGCGGCCACUAGAGGGAGUCUGCAAAAGUGGCCGCUAUAGACAGGUUGGCGUCCAGUUUGAAUGUUGACCAGUAGAGGAAAAAAAAAGAAAAAAAGGGAAAAUAAUAAUAAUAAUAAUGUUGACCAGUAGAUGGCACUGCGGACUGCUGAUAAAAGUUGUACAGCACUACUAGGCUUGUUAUUAUCAUGGUUCAUGGUUUUAAUCCUGAACAUGCAUAUGAGUCAAACAGUAGCACAUCACAUAGUACAAUUCACAAUUUUGCAUGUCCAAAAAGGAGUAGGAAGAAGCAAAGCUUAUUUAAUCCUACCCCUCAUCAGUUUCACAUCAGUUGCAAUACAUUUAUUCACCUCUUGUUCUUCCAAGUGUACUUUGUAGGUCUACAUGACAAUGUAGUGCAAUCAUAGCCAAGGUUUUUACUUACUAAAAGGAAGCUAGAGGCUUAAUAAUAACUGAUAACUGAUAAAAUACUUCAGUUAAGUACAACCGAACUCAGUUUUGCUCCCGCUGCCCCAUGGAUGCUAGCAUAUGUUUUUUAAUUAUUGUAGCGUCGCUGGGAGCACGUCCUGUUCCCAGCCUAAUUUGCGGUAAUGUUUUGGUGCAAAUGCUCUUAAAGUUACAUGUUUGACCAGGAAAUAGCAAGCUCAAAAGAAGACGGCUUUUUUAUGUGGAACAACUGACAGUUUGUGUGGAUCUUGUGAAUGAUUGUGACUGAGCUAGGACUCAGUAAUUAAAGUCUACACACAACGCCUUCAUUGAUUGGAAAACAAAACUUUUUCGUGCAUGAAGCUUCUACUUGAGUUGGUAAUUUGGCUGCUAUAUGGAGUCAGAUAUUGACCAAGGGAGACAAAAUGGGUGGCUGCUGGCUGCGUUGGACAGGUGACUGCUAUACACAGGGUCUAUAACAUGUAAAUUUGCUGGGGGGGAUUUUUCAGUGGCUGCUAUAGGCAGGUGGCCCUUCUAUAAAGGUGGCCGCUAAGACAGGUUUGACUGUAAAUGUACUUACUUUCAUUAAGCGCCUUUCUACAAAGACAUUAAAGCUAAUUCCUCUCGUUUAUACAUUCACUCACACACACACUAACAUACUUGGAAAACAGUCAGGCACCAAAAACAAU